AUGACUCUAAUAAUGAAGACAAUUUGUGGUACAUACCAAAAUGUUAUAUAACAUACUCCAUCUCAGAUUCCCGAAAAUACCAAGGAUUAUGGUAUUUUUAAGCAAUCUGUAUUAGAUAAGUAUGAAUAAAAAGACUCAAGUGCAAGGAAAUUUUAUUCUUAAAGAGGACAUCCUUAGAUUAACUUAGCAUAGUGUCUAAUCAACAGAGAAAACUCAGAUUCUAAAUUUGUAAAUAAACCAGCAGUUAUGUCUAAUACUUUUACCAGAUAGAAAUAUGAGAUCGCAAAAAACAAUCACAAGUAAAAUAAAAUCAAAAUUAGGGACAUGCUAAAAGAAUUGAAUAACUUACGGACCUAGUUCGUUGAUGAGAGCAAGAAAUAUCAAAUAAAGAUAACUUAACCAAGGGCUAAUACUCCAUCACUCUUGAAAGAUUAUUUAAAGCCUCAGUAGGAUUAUAAGAUGAAGCUGAAUGGAAGCUAGAGAUCGAUUUCUCCAAUUGAGACAAUAUUUGGAAAUAGAGUAGUUUUGUCAAAGCAAAGUAUGAUAAUAAAAAAACCAAUAAGAUAAUAGAAUUAGAUGAUACUGGCAGUUUCUAAAAAUACUUUGGAUGAAAACUAGCAGUCGUAAGAAGUAUCUUUUGACAAACCUUAAAAUUUUACAAGCAGAUAAUCAAGCAAGAAUAAAUUUUAAACAACUAUCUAGAGUCAAGGUAAAAAAUUAAGGCACAGAAGUAAGAGGUUUGGCUAUAAUAUUAAAGGCUUCCAAGAUACUCUAGAAGUACCUCCUUAUGAUCCUCUGUCUAAUUAAGAUUUUGAUUACUUGAACAUCAAUAUUGAAAGACUAAAUGAGAAUUCAAUAAUUUAGGAUUCAAGAUAUCAUUAAACAUUGGAAUUUGAAGAAUAUGGAAUACUUCACAAUAACUAUUCAGAAUUAUAACGAAGAAUAGAUGAAACUUAAGAAUUAGAGCAAGGUUAUGUAAUAUAAAGUAAAGAAGACCUGUAACCCUUGUUUUAAUAUGAUUAACAUUAAUUUGAUUGA